AACCGGCUCAACUGCGGAGAAAGCCGAGUGCUGGAGUCGAGAAUUCGAGUUGAAGCGGUUUGAAAGUGUGAAUGAGCUACAACUAGCUAGUACAGCAGAUAGCAGAAAUAAGCUAAAACAAAAGAGUAGAGAAAUGGAGGACUACACUGCUCCGAAUCUCACUAAACCAGUUCGCUGCAUUGUUAAACUUGGAGGUGCUGCAAUUACUUGCAAGAAUGAGUUAGAGAAGGUAAAUGAAGAAAAUCUUGAGGUUGUAUCCUUGCAGCUAAGGCAAGCUAUGAUUACGGGGUCUGGGUCCCAAAAAGUUAUUGGGUUUGAUUGGAGCAAGAAACCUGGAGAUCCUGAAAUUUCCUGUGAUGUGGAUAAUUUUGAAGACCAAACCUUGUUGGAUUCUAGCAGUUUUGUUGUUGUUCAUGGAGCAGGUUCUUUUGGGCAUUUUCAGGCUAGCAAAUCGGGGGUUCAUAAGGGAGGAUUGGACCAACCACUUGUCAGGGCUGGUUUUGUUGCUACACGCAUCUCAGUUACAACUCUGAAUCUUGAAAUUGUUCGAGUGCUAGCUAGAGUGGGCAUUCAUUCCAUUGGAAUGUCUCCAUUUUCAUGUGGAUGGUCAACUUCAGAAAGAAAUAUAGCAUCGGCAGAUUUGUCAAUGGUUGCUAAGGCAAUUGAUUCUGGAUUUGUACCUGUUCUACAUGGAGAUGCUGUACUUGAUGAGUUACAGGGAUGCACCAUAUUGAGUGGUGAUGUCAUUAUACGUCAUCUUGCAGCCUACUUGAAACCGGAAUAUGUGGUGUUCCUUACAGAUGUUUUGGGUGUGUAUGACCGUCCACCUUCAGAGCCAGAUGCAAUUCUCUUGAGGGAGAUCGCGGUUAAUGAGGAUGGAAGCUGGUCUGUUGUGAAGCCAACACUCCAGAAUGCAAAUGAACAAGUUGAAAUAACUGUAGCAGCCCAUGAUACGACUGGGGGGAUGGUGACUAAGAUAUCAGAGGCUGCAUUGAUUGCAAAACUUGGAAUUGAUGUCUACAUUGUUAAGGCAGCAACAAGCCACUCAUUGAGGGCCUUGAGUGGAGAAGUGAGAGGCACCAUUCCUGAUGAUUGGUUUGGGACCGUACUCAGAUUCGUUGACAAAGGAAUUGAUUGUAGUUGAUGAAUUUGGGAGUAUUCAAUAUUUCAGUAAAGCCUCAAAGAAAACAGGUACUGGAGAUUUCAAACAAAAUGCCUGUGAGCGUGCAAGACCUUGUCUGCUACAUUUAUUUGAAUCGUUUUUCAAAAUAAUUAUCUGCAACUCUUGAUUCAUCUGAAACGCAAAAUUGUCAAGUUGACAUCAAUUGUUGAUUAACUGUGUUCAGUGCUUUUAUGAGAACAUGUACGAGAACAUGCAAAAAUUCUGUGGGCAUUCAAACGUUAAUUAGAAUGAAAGCAAAUGGUAGGUCUAAUUUUCAAAAAA